ACCCUGAUCCACUGCCCAGAGGGAGCCAUGGCUGCAGAGAACCCCGUGGAAAGUCUCCAGGAGGAAGCUACAUGUCCCGUCUGUCUGGAGUAUUUCACAGAACCUGUCACUCUGGAGUGUGGGCACAAUUUCUGCCGAGCCUGCAUCAGCCAGUGCUGGGAGGGAUUCGAUACAGCCGCCUCCUGCCCUCAGUGCAGAGAAACUGUGCAACAGAGAAACCUCAGGCCCAACAGGCAGCUGGCAAAUGUCAUAGAAAUCGCCAAGCGGCUGAGUUUACAGGCAGCAAAGGCAGCAGGAGGGGAUGGGGUGUGUGGGGAACACCAGGAGACUCUGAAACUGUUCUGUGAAGAGGAUCAAACCCCCAUCUGUGUGGUGUGUGACAGAUCCCGGGCUCAUCGCUCUCACACUGUGAUUCCCAUACAGGAAGCUGCCCAGGAGUACAAGGAAAGAAUCCAGGCCCAUUUGAAGACUCUGAGGGAAGAGAGAGAAAAGCUGCUGGGAUUGAAAGCGACUGCAGAGGGGAAGAGCCGGGAGUAUCUGAAACAAACACAAACCGAGAGGCAGAAGAUUGCGUCUGAAUUUCACCAACUGCAGCAGUUCCUGGAGGAACAAGAGCGACUCCUGCUGGCCCAGCUGGAGAAGCUGGAUGAAGAAAUUGUGAGGAUCCAGAAUGAAAAUGUCAGUCAACUCUCCGAGCAGGUUUCCCGUCUCAGUGAGCUGAUCAGUGAGCUGGAGGGGAAGUGUCAGAAACCAGCAAGUGAAUUCCUGCAGGAUAUUAAAAGCACCUUGAGCAGGUGUGAGAAGGGGAAGUUCCAGCAGCCAGAGGAGAUUUCUCCUGAACUGGAAGAGCAAGUCAGUGGUUUCUCCUGGAAAACGACUGCGCUAUUGGAGACUCUGGGGAAAUUCAAAGACACUCUGCCGUCUGCACUAGAGACAAAAAGAGGAGGAUCCCUAGGAGCAUUCAGACAGGCAAAUGUGACUCUGGAUCAAGACACGGCUCAUCCCAAACUCAUCCUGUCUGAGGAUCGGAAAAGUGUGAGAUGGGGAGACACACGGCAGCAACUGCCCAACAACCCUGAGAGAUUUGACACUGAGCGCUGUGUGCUGGGCUGUGAGGGAUUCACCUCGGGGAGACAUUGGUGGGAGGUGGAGGUGGGUGAUGGGGAACUCUGGGCUGUGGGGGUGGCCAGAGAGUCUGUGGGGAGGAAGGGAGGGAUCAGCCUUAGCCCUGAGGGGGGGAUCUGGGCUGUGGAGCGAUGGGAGGGUCAGUUCCAGGCUCUCACCUCCCCGGUGACCCCCCUGCCCCUGAGCCGGGUCCCCAGCAGGAUCCGGGUUUGUCUGGACUGUGACCGGGGGCAGGUGACAUUUAUCGAUGCUGGUGACGAGGCCCCGAUCUUCACUUUCCCGCCAGGCUCCGUCCCUGGGGAGAGAAUCCGACCCUGGCUCUGGGUGGGGGGGGGGGAUCCCAGCUCAGCCUGUGUCCCUGAGACACGCAGCAGAGGGAGGAACCAGAAAUCUGCCUCUCUAGCCUCACACACCCUAGUCUCUAUGGUCUUGGAGGACUCCUGUCUACCCAGUCCCUGGCUCCUCAUCUCUAUGACCUGUGGAAGCCCCUCCCCUUCCCUGCAGCACCAGGGAUGGAAGCAGGAGGGGGCAUGAACCCCUGGGGUUGCAGGAGGGGCAGAGGGGCCCUGAGGGACAGAUGUGGGGGCUCAGAAAGGAAUAGCACUAACAGCCAGGCUGGGGACAGGCAGAGAUGGGGGUGGCAGAGACACAGAAUUAAUGAAUCAGGGUUUGGGGAGAAUCUGGAAGCUCCACAGCAGCAGGGAGCGUUUUCUACAGAUCUGUGGGAUUAGAUCUCAUGGGGUCUCCCAGCCAGAGCUCCUGCCGCAGGGGCCCAAGUCACCUUCCCCUGUAACUACAGGAUAGCUGGUAACCCUGUAAUUGUCACAAAGGGCGGGGGGAAGGUGAGAUGGGUGUAGUUUGACAAAAAAAACUGUGACACAAUGAGGAUUUUUUUUAAGGUUAAUAAUCUCAUGUUUUUUUUUUUUUAACUCCUGAGACUGGCAGCACUGGGAGAGGCAGGGACAGGGUGGGUUUACCCAGAGGGAAUUAGAAGAAGCAAGAAGAAAAAUGUGAAUGAAAAUGAAACAAGAAUCAAGGGAGAGUCCAGGAGAAAUGGUGGAAAAUAGAAUUGAGAAAAGUGACAGGAAAAUAUCCCUGGCAGGGGAACCAGCCAUUCAGCAAGAGGGGAAAGGGUAAAAGCAGAGAAAGGAAUGGAGCAGCCAUGGGGGAUGAUCUGUGGGAGGGAGGAGAGCAGAGUGGGAGAGGAAAAUAAACAGGGGUGGGAAGUGAGGGCUACAAAAAUGCUGAGUAGAAAAUGGUGGGAUGAAAGAAAACGGAGAAGGAAAAGGAAUAUGAGAGGGACAGAGGGAUUUAUUACAUGUUACUGAAAGAGAGCGACUGUAACUUAUCAAUUCCCUAUAUUAGUUCCUGAGCAACUGUACAGUUCUUGUGCCAUUAAGAAAACUAUUCUCGGUAGCUGGGGAUCUCCUUUCCAUGCUGUGGUUGUUAAGGCUCCUUCUCAGCUCUGGGUUUGGACAAGGGUGUUCGGUGAGAAAGUUGGCAACCCAAAUUCUGUAAAUAAAACAUUACAAACAA